CAAGCUCCAGAGAAAGCGGUACUAACAGCACCGUGACUCCAGCAAUGGCACCUACAAUCACUGCAGCUAUGCGAUACUCACAGGGACACCUGGCAAUGACAAACAAGUUGAGAAAACCGGUGGUUGAAAAGAUGCGCAGAGAUCGUAUCAACAGCAGCAUCGAGCAGCUCAAGACGUUACUGGGAAAAGAAUUCGUGAAGCAGCAGCCCGAUUCCAAACUGGAGAAAGCGGACAUCCUGGAAAUGACCGUCUGCUACCUGAGACAGAGCGCCUCCCCCCGGCCAGCGACGGGAAAUGAAGGCUACUCCAGGUGUGUGCAAGAAAUCGUGCGCUUCCUUUCCCGGGAUGAAAUGAAGACAGAAACCCAGAGAAAACUACUGAACCAUUUCCAAGCUGCGCAGAAUUCUCCAGUGCAUCAGACCCCCGUCAAAGAGGCGACCCCGGUGAAGAGUGCCCUCUGGCGGCCCUGGUAGAUCACAACGGACACUGUCACUUUGAACACUUUGACAUACAGAAUUCAACAUGCCUGUCUAUGAUGGGCAUAUACAGUAAUUCUCAUUGUGUAGGGGGUGUUUCCCUUCCUCUUUUGCUUGUGCAGAAGAUUUGAAUGCUACUUUCAUUGAUUGAAAGGAACCACAAUAGGUACCCAAUGCUGGGGCAAUAUUGUGUACGCUAGUAUUUG